AAAAAAAAAAAUCAAAAAAAAAGUUGACAAGAAUCCUUUUACUUUCAAUGAAUAAUUUCGUUUUUUUCUUCUUUAUGCCUCCUCCUUAUUUUUCAAGUGUCAUUUUAUGCCAAGUGAAUGAGGCAAGAUAUAUCGUACGGCCGAGUGCAAGCAAAGAUGACGAUUAAACUGUACUCGAGAGAGAACAAAGCUUAGUAUAUAGUGGGAAUAGUGGGAAUGCCUGUUUUGGAGAAGCAAGUGUUACGACUAAUUGACGGAGAAAAACAUUGCUACUCGUAAAAUAGUGAAUCCAUUGGAUUGAAUUAGUCAUUUUUUCUCAACGUCUGGGGCCAGUCAGUCGAGGGCGUUCUGCAAAACUGAAUAACCCGAGUCCAGGUCUUUUGUUGGGUGCUUGUCACUUUUAUUUUCCUCUCUUUUCAUUUUUUUAUCCUUGUUCGUUGCUAUACUAUAUCUUACGAGAAACACAGUGGUGUGUGGGAUGGGAAAGGACUCAUGAGAUGAAAUAAAUGAAAAAUAACCAAGUGGCAUCCGGGGGAAUUAUUGUGAUUUUUACGUAAUUGGAGGGGAUUUGGCAUUGGUGCCCUUUGAUUGUCACUACGUCCAUUGUUUGAACGAUUGGAUUGAGGAAGAUGUCGUCCCCGAGUGCUGGCAAGCGACGCAUGGACACCGAUGUUAUCAAGUUAAUAGAGAGCAAACACGAGGUGACGAUCCUCGGUGGGCUCAACGAGUUCUCUGUCAAGUUUUACGGACCACGUGGAACGCCUUACGAAGGAGGAAUAUGGAAGGUGAGAGUUCACUUGCCCGAGCAUUAUCCCUUCAAAUCGCCCUCCAUUGGCUUCAUCAAUAAAGUUUAUCAUCCAAACAUCGAUGAAGUCUCCGGCACGGUUUGUCUUGAUGUCAUCAACCAAGCAUGGACGGCCCUUUACGAUUUGUCCAAUAUUUUCGAGUCUUUCCUACCCCAGUUGUUAACAUAUCCCAAUCCGAUUGAUCCACUCAACGGCGAUGCCGCUGCUAUGUAUCUUCAUAAGCCAGAAGAGUACAAGAAAAAAGUUGCAGAUUAUGUAAGGAAAUACGCGACAGAAGAGGCACUCAGGGACCAGGAGAAUGGUGGCAAUGGUAAUGGCAUGUCAUCAGAUAGUGAAUCCUCGAUGAGUGACUUUAGCGAGGAUGAGGCACAAGACAUGGAGUUGUAACCAAAUAUUUUGCAAUACUUCAUAUCCAUCAAUAAAUGAAAAAUCCUCCGGUUCCGCUGGUAAACAAAUGGACAAGAGCAGCUCGUAUGAUUUUUUUCAACAUUUCAAAAAAUAAUAAAUUCAUUAAGAAAAAAACAUCGUUUGAUGCAAUUUGCACAUGAUAUAUCGGCUCACCAAGCAACCGAAACAAAAUCGACACUCAAAAAAUAAAUAGAUCAAUUCAUUUUGAUUUCCAAUCUACUAAAAUUCUCUAGAUUAAGUUUACGCCACAGUCCAUUUUUUGGUAAUAAAUUAUAUUAAAGAUAUUAAAGAAACUCUUGAUACAUAAUUAGGGGCAAGCGCAAUCAUCGCGAUGUUAUUAUUAUUUUAUUAUUUUUGCAAAAAUUCUAUUGAAAAAUUGAUUGAAAGAAAAAAAAAUAUUAAUAAUUACUUUUCGUCUUUUUGAUUGAUUAAUCAAUUGAAAUAAUCACAGAUGGCUACGUAACUAUUGUAGACCUUGUCAACAUCAAAUUAUUCUUCUUUCAAUCAUGUUAGUACAUCUGUGAGAAAAGCCAUCAUGUCCUGCGCUUGACAAAUACCUAACUAGAGAUAACUGGAGAAAAUAAUGACAAAUGAUAUAUCUCAGAAUUUCAAUUCGAAUAUAGAUGUAUCGCUAUUUUGUAAUCUAAAAGAAAUCAAGUCAACGGAAAAUUAGGUAGAUCCAUUGCUUCCCUUGAAUAGAAUAGAUGGCUCAUCAUUUUUUCAACUUGUAUUAUUUAGACAGAGUGCAGUUGAGUUACUGUUCUUCAACUUUUUUUUAAAUAUUCACAUACGUUUAUUCAAAUUGAAGCCCUGAGAUACUCAUCUUGAAAUCAUUUUCAAACAACACGUCUAAAUUAAAAAUUUUAAUGAUUAGCUAGCAGUGUUUAAAAUACUUGUAACACGAGGGGGAUUAUUCAUUAUACGGAAGAAAAUGAAAGCUUGCUUCUCAACUACUUUUUUUACCUGUCUCAUAAUAAAUUAUAUGUGAUAAUUGGAUUUUCAAACAAAUGCUCAACUCUCCUUCUUUUUUUCUGGCAUUUGUUUCGUGAAUUUAAUGAAUCGAUAAAUUGGCAAUCAAGAAUUCAACAGCUGAUCUGAAAUGGCUCAUUCUUUCAUUAUGUCAACUCAUGUGUAUUUUUCAGUAAACAAAAUUACGAAGAAACAAAAACAAAAACAUAAAAAAAAAUGACUAUCAAUCGAGAUGACGUCAUUAUACUCAAAGAUCUCACAUAUUUACAAUAUUUUAAUGGAUUACCUAAAUUUCUAUUAUAUCGUAAUUGUUAUUGCAGUAAUGAUGGCAUUAAUAUGUCUAGCAGGAAUAACAACUUACUGAAUUAAAAAUAAAAAUAACAUGGUGAAUUACAAGUGUAAAAUCUUAAAUUGUCUGAGUUGAACGAUAUUUCAGUGAAUAUGCGAUAAAAAUAAUAGUAAUGAAUAGCAUAGGAUGAAAUUUAUUUUUUACAAUUAUGUUAGUUAAUGGGUGUGACUGCCUUGGAUAUUUCACCGAUGUUGUUUUGUCUCUUAAUUCAAUAAAAUUUGGAGUAGCAUUGUUUUUCACGAAAGAAAUACAUGUUUCCAUUGUAUUUUUUAGGCGGGGGCUAAGAACAUGAAAAUUGAAUUGUUGCAUUGGGACGAUGGAAGAGAGUAAGUGCCAUAGAAAAAAGAAAAAUAGUUUUUUGAGAGAAUAAACAAAAUGUAUUGGGGAGGUUGGGCCGUGAGUCCUCCACACCUCUGUUUUUAAAUGCAAAACGCCGUGUUAUUGUCCACUGAUGGAAAUGGAGAUUGAAAAGAAUGAUAAACUCUGAGAAGAUGAUGCUACUAACGGUGAAUUUGUAUUCGUAUUAACGAAAACAAAAUGAAAAGAAAACAAAACAAAAUGAAAAAUGAAAAAAUAUAUAGAAACAAUAACAAGGAACACACACUAUCCUAUUAUAAAUAUUAAUUAAUAAGUGCAUAAAAUAUAAUAGAAGAGGAAGGAUAAAAUUAUAUUAUAAUGAGUCGAAGGUGAUUAAAACGAAUGAAUUUUUUGGUACAAUAAACACAAAAUAAAAAUGAUAAAAUCA